AAUGACUACAUCCGACAAUGCAAGCUGUUAUUGUUGUGUUGAUAAUAUGAAAAAACAAGACGACGAUGAUCUUCAUUUAAAUAAGGCUUUGGAUGAACUUGGUAUGCUUUCAACAUCCGUUAAAGAUAAACGCGAUUAUAUAAAGAAAGUGGAACGAAGCGAAUCCAAAAUAUGUUUACUAAUUAAAAAAGAAGAGUCAAUUGUUACGGGCAGAAAAAUGAGAAGACAGCGUGUACACUUUCAAAUAGAACCUUAUCCAACUCGAUCUUCCAAAACAAAGAUUGAAGAUAAACUUAAAUCGCUAAGUUUAAGUGACACUGACAAAAAAAACUGA